UUGGUACUUGUCAUGGUGAAUGGAGGGGUCGCAGUGGUCUCCUCUUACAGUCUUACAUUAUGCGGACUAUAACGUUACUGGUGCUUGCGUUACUUCCUGCCCUAGGACAAGCUCCACGAUUUAAGGUCAUACCAGGGCUUAAACAUUCCUCCAUUACCUUGGCAACAUCCUUUGACCCACUUUCUGCGAAAGAAGUUACCUGGUCCCAAAAAACCAUAAAAGGGGAAUUUUGGCAGGUUGCCAAAAUUCAAAAUGGCGCUAUGACUAGCGUACUUCAUGAAAGAUGUUAUCAGACCUAUAAUGGAACACGAUUGGUCAUCAAUAAUCUGAAUGAGACUGAUAAUGGCGUUUACAGAGCCGAAGCCACUUUAGGGGAUGGAACAGUAGAAGAAGAGUAUUUUACGGUCACGGCUUAUGAUCCCGUCCCCCAACCACAGAUCAUACCUCAUCUGAAGAGAAUUGGGGAUCAGUAUAAUGUUACUCUCCAGUGUUCUGUCCCAUUAAAUACAUCAGAUGUCUCCUAUACUUGGAAAUAUGGACUUCAGGGCUCUGAGAAUUGGAGCACAGUAAAUGAUACAAGCUCAAUCCAGAUGAUGCGAACACCAGACCAGAACAUGGAAUUCGUAUGUACAGUCCAUAACCCGGCCGACCGAAAAGAGGUUUCUUUCUACUGUGAACAGUGUUCAGAAGGGAAGGAAAAACGUAGUCGCUUCCCCAUGAUAGUCUACAUCCUAGUCGUCUGCACAGUUUUUGCUGUGAUCACUAUAACAGCAUUGGGAGUAAUGUUUGCUAUACAGAAAUGUAGGAAAACUUCUUCAAGCAAAAAUGGGCAAGAACUUACGAACUUGACAAAUCCCGUUCAGGAUACAGAUUCUCAAGAGUCUAAAAUUUUUCACAUUGUUCACGAAAAGAAUGGCAGUAUGAAGAAUAAGGAAUCAGAUGAAGAGAGAUCCAAGCUCAACGAUAAACCGAGCUGUAACCACAGCUCCGUUAUUAAAAUAGAAUCUCUUGAAGAGCAGGAAGAAUCAUCUGAAGAGCAAAAAGUUUCGGAAGUAGAUUUUCCUGAAGAGCGGAAAGAAGAAUCUACUGAAGAACUGGAAUAAUUCAGAUCAUCUCUCGUCUUCCAUCCAUUAUUUGGAGAAACUGUAGGAUGAUUGAAUUGCUGGAUCAUGUCUCCGGAACUUGGACCCUUAUGUGGUGAUUUUAUUUGAUGGAGAACAUGAAAACCUUCCAUUAAACCAGAAUGAAUGUAUCUUUUAAGACAAUGGGGGGGGGGGGGGGGAUAUUCAAAGACUUGUCUUAUUAGGGCUCUUUAUUUUGCACCUCAAAGAGUGUUAAAGGGGUACUCCGGUGCUGAGAGUUCGGAACACAUAGUUCUGAAAGCUGAGAGCCAGCGUCGGGGCUUGUGACAUCACGGCCCCACCCCUCGAGACAUCAUGCCCCGCCCAUCAAUGUAAGACUAUGGGAGGGGGAGGGGCCAUCACCACACCCCCUCUAAUAGACUUACAUUGAGGGGGCGGGGCGUGAUGUCAAGAGCCCCCGAUGCAGGCUCUAAGCUUUGGGAACUAUUUGUUCCGAACGCUCAGUACCGGAGUACCCCUUUAACUGUGCCUCAUUUUUUGUGUUUGGUCUUUUGAAAAUUUGGGGCAAAUUACACAAAGAGCAACUCAAUUAAUUAGGGCUGGGCGGUAAGACCAAAUAUGUCAUACCACGGUAUUUUUUUAACUGAAGGCGGUUCCACGGUAUAUAACGGUAUU